UCGACUUGAUUCUCUCACAGCACAACCUCGUGAAGACAUAUUACUACUACUACUCUCAUUCUCAAGUAAAUACUGAGAAGAGCGUUUAUCAUGGCUUCAUCACUGCCUACCAUCCGCAUUGGCUAUGUCCCUGAACACUACCUCACUCCUCUCCACCUCGCCGUCCGCUCUUCCGCCGUCUCCUCGUUGCCCUUCAAGCUCUCCUUGAUUCCUUUCCCCUCCGGAACGGGACAUAUGAUCACCUCCCUUCGCGAAAAGGAAAUCGAUGUUGCAAUCGGGUUGACAGAAGGAUGGGUUGCCGGAUUGGCCGGUAAGCAGCAGGCCCAGAAGGAUCCGGCCUCUGGCGGCUACAAGGUGGUGGGACACUGGGUUGACACUCCGUUGCGGUGGGCGAUUGUCACUGGUCGUGAGAGGAACAACAUCACCAGAGUGUCUGACCUGAAGAGUCAGCGAGUGGGAAUUAGUCGACCGGGAAGCGGCUCCCACAUUAUGUCCUUUGUCCUUGCUCAGCAACAAGGAUGGGACUCUGAUUCAUUGACCCCUACCGUCCUUGGUCCUUUCCAGGCCCUGCGUAACGGCGUCACCGGCGACGAGCAGCCGUCUCAGACCCCAACGGCCGAGUUCUUCAUGUGGGAGCACUUCACCACGAAGCCUUUCUUCCACCCUACCUCCGAAAACCCUCAGCCACCUCUUAAGAAAUUCGGCGAAAUCUUCACUCCUUGGCCAUCCUGGUUGAUCGUCGCGUCGACCUCGACUUUCCCGGACCCGGAAAGCGACGAGAAGCUCCAGCAGCUCUUCCAGGCUCUUGACAAGGGCAUUCAGGGGUUUGAGGCCGACCAGGCGCAGGUGAUUAAACUACUUGGUACGGGUGAAUUGGGAUGCACGUAUAUUCAGGAGGACGCGACGGAGUGGUUGAAGGAUGUUAAGUUUACCAACACUACGCGGGGAAUUGAUUCGAAGGUCGUGGAGAACGUUGUCGAUAUUCUCAAGAUUGCGGGUGUCAUUGACACAUCGAUGAGCAACGAUGAAGCUAUUGACCGGGUGGUUGGUAUCAAGCGGUAGGCUGGGAAGGUCUAUGCCUACAUUUUCAUUGGAUACUUGAUGUUCAUGCGAGAUGAGACUACAUAUGAAUUAUUAAUGCAUUCCAAAAACCUUUUGCAUUGCACAUGUAUCUCUGCGCUACUAUGUUGUACCACUUCACCUGCUUUAAUGGGCGGGGGACCAUGAGGAACGUCCGUUUUUGGGGUGUCUCAAAAGAACCAAACGAGGCACUAACAGGUAUCUGAGAAGCUAACAAUAACACUGAUCUCCCGCCACGGCGCGGCAUUGCCAGACAAUGCGGCUGAGCCAAGUCAUUGGACGGAGUGGCGUUUUUGGC